CCCAUCUCAGCCUUGAACUCCGCACCACAGCUCCUCUGGUUUGAGACUGCGAGGGUGCCUGUCUCUUUCUUUCUCAACCAUUUCCCCUCUUCAUUCACGACCUCUCUCUGUCUCUCUCUGUGCAUCUCCUAUCAGUGGCCUUAUCACUGCUUUGCUCAGCUACCUUCCUUCGGGGGGUGCUGGAAAAGCCAGCGAAGGGAAUUUACCAGGAGGAUAAUGCCCAGUAGUCCAGUUCUCAGUCGUUUUACAUAACUGAUAUCAUUUUUCCUCAAAAACGAAUCCAGUGGAGUACAGCUACUUCAGCUCAGGGUGCCCUCUUAGUUUCUUCUGAAGAUGAGGAGUCAUCAUUUGCUACCGCUAUGUGCUCUUCUGGGCGUCCUGCUUGCAGGACUUCUUCCUAAACUCGAUGCCCAGGAAGAUGAAGCACAAGACACAGCUGACCUAGUACUGUUAAUUGAUGGAUCACAGAACAUUGGAGCAACAAACUUCCCCUAUGUGCGUGAAUUGGUUUUGAGAAUCAUUGAGCGCCUUGAUGUGGGCAGGGACACUGUUCGGGUGGCCUUGGUCCUGUACAACAGCAGCCCAGAGAUAAGGUUCUAUCUAAAUAGCUUUUACAGCAAAUCAUCAGUCCUGGAUGCUGUGAAAGCCCUCACCUACACAGGGGGCGAUGAAUCUAACCUGGGGGCUGCCUUGGAGGAAGUGGCCGAGAGCCUUUUAAGUGAAACAUCUGGGGGCAGGGCUGACGAGGGUGUGCCCCAGAUGUUGGUGGUUAUCACUGCUGGGCCAUCCACUGAUGAUACUGGUGCUGGUGACCGAGCUCUUAAGAGGGCCAGUGUUAUCACAUUCGGCGUGGCGAUUGGUGACACUGCCACUGCAGAUCUGGAAACAAUUGCUACAGAUAGAAGUUUUGUCCAGUCAGCCUCUGAUGUCAGAGAAGUUGCAAACAUUGGUGACCAACUGCUCCCACUCAUUAACGGGGUGAUCCAGCGCACUAUUAUAGUUCAGAAUGAGUUCACAGAAGUUAUUCAGUCAAAAACAGUUGGAAAUCGAGACAUCAUUUUCCUUAUUGACGGUUCAAUGGGAACAGCAUACAUUAACUCUGUGCGGGUUUUCAUCAGAGAGUUUGUGGAAAGCAUGCCAAUUGGUCCAGAUCAAGUUCAAGUGGGUAUUGCACAGUUUUCUGCUGCCCCGAGAGUUGAGAUGGAUCUCAACACCCAUGGGAGCAAGGAGUCAAUCAUUUCUGCUUUGAGUACUAUCAGACCAAGACCAUCACAGGCAGUCAACAUCGGAGCAGCCUUGAACUAUGUCCGGGAAAGAAUGUUGCAGCCAGAGAAGGGCAGCCGUAUUCAACAGGGUGUACCCCAGCUUGUAAUGUUGUUAACCAGCAAAAGAUCCAGUGAUAGCGUGGAAGAACCUGCGAGUGCCCUGAGGGAACUAGGUGUGUUGACCCUGGCUGCAGGCGCAAGGGCAGCUGAUGAGCAGCAGCUGAAGCAGAUUGCCAUUAGUGACGAUGCUGUGUUCUACGACAAGGAUAUGCGACCACUGAUUAAAACCAAGAAAGAGAAAAUGAUAAGUGCUCUUUCUACUUUAGCUGGAGGAGUACCCACCACAACAGUGACGGAGGAAACCAUAGUGGAGACCACAAAAAUGGUCAGAGACAUUGUCUUUCUUGUGGAUGGCUCAAACUAUGUUGGCAGCAGUAAUUUCCCCUAUGUGAGAGACUUUAUGAUCAAUACGAUCAACCAACUUGAUGUAGGUCCUGACAGGGUCCAGGUUGGUCUCCUGCAGUUUGCUGACCGUCCAAAAAUAGAAUUUUACCUGAGCAACUACAGGACCAGGCAAGAGGUUGUAGAAAAAAUCUCUCAACUCAGGCUGACCGGAGGCUCAGCUGUGAAUACAGGAGCUGCCAUGAAUUAUGCCCUGGACAACAUGUUUCACUCAUCAAGGGGGUCACGCAGAAGGCAAGGAGUCCAGCAGGUGUUGGUUCUGAUCACAGGUGGUCCACCCCAAGAUCAGGUUAAAUCUGUGGCUGAUAAGUUGGCUCUGGCUGGUGUUUUGACUUUCACCGUCAGUUCUGGACAAGCAGACGAGGCCCUACUCCAGAGUGUUGCCUUUGUUCCAACUUUGGCUUUCCAUGCAAGAAGCUUCUCUGGUUUACCAGGCCUUGCUGAACAAAUCAUGCCAGAGUUGGUAACAGUGGUUGGCGAUACCGACGUGACAAUAUUCCAAGAGGAAACUGUUGUUGGAGCUGAAAGAGAUGUUGCUUUCCUCAUUGAUGGCACAGAUAGAGUUCGAGCAGAUUUUGCCUACAUAAAGGAUUUUAUCAUUAAAGUAAUUGAACCACUUGACAUUGGAGAUGACAAGGUACGAGUUUCAGUGGUUCAACACAGUGAAAGGCCAACUCCAAGUUUUUACCUUAACACUUAUAAAACCAAAGAUGAAGUGAUAAGAGCUGUCCAAGGACUCAGAGUGACCGGUGGAAGUAGUUUAAACACAGGAUCUGCUCUGAGAUUCAUGAAAGACACCAUCCUGUCUGGCAGUAAUGGUGGUCGUGCUGCACAAAAUGUCCCUCAGUUUCUGAUUGUUUUGACUGGAGACCGAUCUACGGAUAAUGUAAGGGAACCCGCUGGAGCACUGAAGACAGAUGGAGUUGUACCGUUUGGUGUUGGUGUCAAGGACGCAGACCCAAAGCAGAUUGAGGCCAUCUCGCACAACCCUUCUUUUGCCUUCAACGUUAAGGAAUUCAGUGAGCUCAGCACCAUACCGCAAAGACUGAAUAAUUAUGUGAGCCUACCAAGGGAAGAGUUAGAGGUCGUCCUACAGCAAGUUGACACACGGAGGGACAUAGUGUUUCUCCUUGAUGGGUCAGAUGACUCCAGAAAUGGUCUCCCAGCUAUUCGAGAAUUCGUCAGAAGAAUGGUUGAAGAGUUGGAUGUUGGCGAAGAUAAGGUUCGAGUGGGCGUUAUACUGUAUAGUGAUGAUGCCUCAAUUUACUUCAACCUAAUAACUCACAGAUCCAAAAAAGCUAUUAUCUAUGCUGUAAGAAGUCUUCGACAUAAAGGAGGGACAUCUCGCAAUACUGGAGCUGCUUUACAGUUUGUGCAAGACCAUGUUUUCACAACUUCAUCUGGGAGUAGACACCUGGAGGGAGUUCCUCAGAUUCUUUUUUUGCUGACUGGGGGAAAAUCCAAAGAUGAUGUCUCCAGAGCUUCAUUUGGACUAAAGCAAAUCGGUGUUAUGUCUUUUGCAAUUGGAAUGAAAAACGCUGGACAAGAGGAACUUCAAAAAAUUGCCUUCUCCUCCAGAUAUGUUUUCAACUUGCCUUUCUUUGCUGAAAUUUUGUCCAUUCAGCCAGAUUUAGUAGCAUUUGUCCAGACAGAAAUACCAGCUAAGCCUGCUACUGUUGUAGGUAAGAAACAAAUGUUUUCAUAUUCUUUCUCUGAAUUAGAAUCUCCUCAAAGAGACAUAGUAUUCCUUUUGGAUGGAUCGGAUAAUACACAAAGUGACUUCCCAGCAAUAAGGAGUUUUGUGGAACAAAUGGUAGAAACACUCACAGUUGAUGAGAACAGAGAUCGUAUUUCUGUGGUUCAGUAUAGCGGAGAUCCACAGACACAUUUCAAUUUGAACACCUACAUGGCAAAACAAGAUGUUCUCGGUGCAAUCCAACGUUUGAACCAUAAAGGAGGCAUAUCCCUCAACACUGGGGUAGCUCUUGACUAUGUAAGAAAAAAUGCUUUUGCCGAGUCCUCAGGUAGUCGGCAUCAACAAGGUGUCCCUCAGAUAUUGAUUCUGCUGAGCGAUGGAAGAUCUCAAGAUGAUGUUGCAAGUGCUGCUGCUGCUCUAAAACAGGAAAAAAUUGUUCCAUUCUGUGUGGGUACCAGUAAUGCAAACAUACUUGAGCUCCAAAUGAUUGCACAUGACCCUUCCUAUGCCUUCUCCAUAACUCAAUUUGAUGAUAUUGGGAGAAUACAUGAUCAACUUGUGUCACUUCUAAAAAGGGUUCCUCGGCAGCAGCCAAGACAAAAAUCACAAAGUCCUUUAGCUCCUGCAGGUCAAAAUGAACCCAUUCAACGUGAUAUUGUGUUUUUACUGGAUUCCUCUGAUAAAAUGCAGAAAACCUUCAAUGCUGUUCUUGGCUUUGUUGGAAGAAUCAUGGAGACACUCAGUGUGGACAAAGACAAAGAUCGUGUUUCAGUAGUGCAGUACAGCAGAGAACCUUCUGUUGAUUUUCUCCUAAAUACAUACAACACAAAGCAAGAUGUUGCUGACAGUUUGCGAAGGUUGAGGCAUAAAGGAGGUGAACCCCUCAAUACUGGUGCAGCCCUGCAGUAUGUCAAGGAUAAUGUUUUAACAGCUUCCUCUGGAAGUAGGCACCAGCAAGGUGUCCCCCAGAUUCUGAUUCUUUUAAUUGGUGGACGUUCCAGUGAUGAUGUCAGAAAUGCUGCUGAAAACUUGAAUGAAAUGGGUGUAACAACUUUUGUGGUUGGAAUAGAUCAUGCAGACACCCUUGAGAUUCAGUCUAUUGCACAAAAAUCAGACCGUGCUUUCCAUGCAGCAGAUAUCAAUAAUCUAUCAGAUAUUGAACAACUAAUCAUUUCUACCAUGAAGGAGAUUAAAAACCCUGCCAUCAAACCACCAUCGCACGAUGCCAACGGAAGAGACGUUGUUUUUUUGCUUGAUGGUUCUGAUGAUUCUCAGCAAAAAUUCCCAGAUAUUAUUGACUUUGUAAAGAGGAUAACAAAGCAUCUAAAUGUUGAUAUAAACAAAGAUCGCAUGGCUGUGGUCCAGUACAGUGACACUGCAGAGAUUAAUUUUAACUUGAGUCGUUAUUCAACAAAGAAUGAUAUUCUUAAAGCAGUAAAUGGUCUGAGACACAAAGGGGGUUAUCCUCACAACAUUGGAGCUGCUCUCCAGUACUUGAAGGAACAUGUAUAUACCCCUAUGUCUGGUAGUAGACGUCAGGAGGGAAUUCCACAGAUACUCAUACUACUGAUUGGUGGACGAUCUGCAGAUGACAUAAGAACCCCAGCCAGAAUGAUGAAGCAAAUUGGUGCCAUUUCAGUUGUAAUUGGGACAUCUGAUGCUGACACUCUAGAGCUACAGACAAUAGCUCAUGAACCCAAGUACGCGCUUCCAGUUGCUGAAUAUGGACAACUUCCUAGUGUUCAGGAAGAUGUGUUGGCAUUGAUAAGAGAGGCUUUGCAACAUGUAGAACAAAUUGCUCCCACAGCAGGUCUCGAUUCUAAGAAAACUGAUGUAGUGUUUCUCAUUGAUGGAUCAUAUGACUCACUGAAUGGUUUUGAAGAAAUACGAAGCUUUAUUGAAAAAACUGUGGAAAGUUUAAAUUUGGGCAAUGAUAGAGACCAAGUGGCUGUUGUUCAGUAUAGUCGUGAUGCCACUGUUAAUUUUUACUUGAAUUCUUAUUCUUCCAAGAAUGAUGUGCUCAAUUCCAUAAGAACAAUGAGACAUAAAUUUGGAAGACCACUGAACAUUGGAAAAGCACUGGAGUUUGUCAGAGACAACGUCUUUUCUGCUUCAGUUGGAGGCAGACGUGCAGAAUUGGUCCCUCAGUAUCUGUAUGUUUUUAGUGGUGGAAGAUCUGGAGAUGAUGUCAGAGGACCAGCACAAUCACUCAAAGACAAUGGCAUCAAAACCUUUAGUAUUGGAACGGAGAAUGCUGAUACUUUGGAAAUGCAGACUAUCUCCUAUACACCAGCACAUUAUUUUUAUGUCUCAAACUAUAAUAAUCUACAAAGCUUAGAUCCAUCAGUGGAAGCCAUGUUGAGGGGCACUAAAGAAACAACUGAAUUUUCAACUAUUGAUACAUCUGUGACAGCAGAAGCAGGAUUCCAGAAUGCUGAUAUUGUUUUUCUUCUUGAUGGAUCUGAUGAUAUGCAACCAAGUGAACAACAAACUUUGGAAUUUGUCAGAGAGUUUGUCAAGCAAAUAGAAAUUGGGCCAAGAAAAGCACAAGUUGCUUUAAUCCAGUACAGCACAGAGCCCACAACUGAGUUUCUUCUAAACAAAUACUUAAUGAAAGAUGAUAUCAUUAAUCAUUUGGACAACAUGAAACUGAAAGGAGGGUCCACUGUGAACAUUGGUGUAGCCCUUGAUUAUGUGAAAAAUAAUGUCUUCACUGCUUCAUCUGGUAGCAGAGCACUGCAUGCAGUCCCACAGAUACUGAUACUCUUCAGUGGAAGAAAUUCAAAUGAUGAAAUCUUAGGUCCAUUAGAAAGGCUCCGAAAUGUGGGAAUUGUUCUUUUUGGCAUUGGUGUGAAUAAUGCUGAUAGGUUUGAGAUGGAACAAUUAGCUCCUACAGCAAUGUAUUUUAUAAAGAAUACUUCUGACUUUCCUCAUGUGAGAGAGCAGUUGCUGUCUGUCAUAUCCUCUCUCAAAAGUACUAUCAAACCUCAUGUGGGUUCAAGCUCCAGCAUAAAACGAGAUAUUGUAUUUCUCAUUGAUGGAUCUGAUGAUGUCAGGAAGAGUUUCAGUGCCAUACGUGAAUUUGUUGGCAAAAUGGUUGCGAGCUUUGACCUGGACCAAAGAAAAGAUAAAGUUGCAGUUGUGCAGUAUAGCAACAAUGCUGAACUUAACUUUAAUCUGGAUACUUACAAAACAAAAGCUGAUGUCCUAAAGCACAUUACAAGUCUUAAACCCAAAGGUGGAAGGCCACAGUAUAUUGGGGCAGGACUGCAAUUUGUGAAGGAUAAUGUCUUUGUUCCAAAUGCUGGAAGUCGACAACAUGAAGGAGUCAAACAAAUACUUAUUGUAUUGGCUGGUGGAAGAUCAAGAGAUUCUCCAAGAGGACCAGCAAGUAUGCUUAAAACAGCAGGUGUCACUACAUUUGCAAUUGGAUCAAGAAUGUCCAAUUCAGCUGAGAUGGAAAUGAUUUCAUCAAACCCAAAUUUCAAAUACUCAGUCCCAGACUUUGUAAAUCUGCCUCGAAUACAGGAAAAUUUGAAGAGUCACUUUACUAAAAUGGCAGUUGAAGGGGAAAGAAUGGGAGUGGUCAGACAGCCAGCAGGAAGGGAUGUGGUGUUUUUGCUGGAUGGAUCUGAUGCUA